AAGUUCUUUGCUUUUGGAACCAGCCCCUUUCCUGACUCAGGUGCACUUGAGCCAGGGGGCAGGGGGCUCUCACUCCUGUCGCCCUCUGUCUGUGGUAGGGCACCCCCGGAGGAGACUGUGGAGAAGCAUUAGUGAAUUAACAGGGCAGAGGUGACCAGACCAGCACCCCCAAGAUCACCCCCCAUCCCCUGCCUCAGCCACAAGGGCUACCCAGGAUACCCCAUGAAGUUCUCCCUCCCACGAGGUCCCUCACGGGCCCUGCCCUGGGUGGUCCCCGUAAACUUAUGCCAGGGCGGGCGAUGCGUCUCAGGCUCUACUGAGAAUGCCCGCUGGGACUCCCCUGCAGGGGCGGGGCCCCUGUACCCACACCCAGGCAGUAUUGGGGAGGCUGGAUCUCCCAGCUGCGUCGCUGUCGCUGUGGCCCAACCUCUCAUGGCUGAGGGAGGGCUCUGAGGCCCGAAGGAGGGAAGUCACUUCACCUGGAAGUUGUAGUCUCAGGGCCGGGGCCAGAACCCAGGCGGGGGGGGCGGGGGACCUGGAUGCUGCCCUGUCCUGUGUACGCCUUGCUGCCCCCAGGCCACCUCAGGUCCUGCUCCUUGCGCUGCUGGGCGCCCAGGGCCAGGGCGGCACACCCAGUCCAAAGUGUGACUGUGCCUCCAACUUCCAGAAGAGGAGCGGUCUGUUCUGUUGCAAGGGCUGUCCAGCCGGGCACUACCUGAAGGCCCCCUGCCCAAAGCCUUGCGGUGCCUCUACCUGCCUCCCGUGCCCCCGCGGCACCUUCCUGGCCCGGGAGAACCACCAUGAGACCCGCUGUACCCGCUGCCAGGCCUGUGAUGAAGAGGUUUCCCAGGUGGCCCUGACGAACUGCUCAGCAGUGGCAGAUGCCCACUGUGGCUGUGACCCGGGCUGGUUCCCCGAGUGCUUGGUCAAGUCCUGCAGGGACGGCUCCCCCUUCCGCUGCCACCCGUGCUCAGACUGCAGGGCCCUGCACCGCCACACACGGGUGCCCUGUUCCGUCAGAGACACCGACUGUGGGACCUGCCUGCCUGGCUUCUAUGAAUAUGGCAACAGCUGUGUGUCCUGCCCCACGAGCACCCUCGGGAGCUGUCCUGAGCCCUGUGUGACUGUCUGUGGCUGGAGGCAGAUGUUCUGGGUGCAGGUGCUCCUGGCUGGCCUGGUGGUCCCACUCCUGCUCGGUGCCACCCUGACCUACACAUACCACCGCUGCCAGCCUUGCAAGCCCACGGUUCCUACAGAUGAAGCUGGGUUGGAGGCCCUGACUCCCCUGCAGGCCACCCACCUCUCACCCAGGGACAGCACCCUUCUAGCUCCAGCCAGCAGUAUCGAGAAGGUCCGCGCCACGCAUUUGGUAGGCAAUGGCUGGGCCCUUGGCUCCCCUCAGAACCAGGAGGCGCCCUGCGCGGAGGUGACGUGGUCCUGGGACCAGCUGCGCAGCAGAGCCCUCGACCCGCCGCCGCCCAUGCCCACGCCUUCGCCAGCGCCCCCUGCGGGCUCCGCGGCAGCCACGCUCCAGCCGGGCCCGCAGCUCUACGACGUGAUGGACGCGGUGCCCGCGCGGCGCUGGAAGGAGUUCGUGCGCACACUGGGGCUGCGCGAAGCGGAGAUCGAGGCCGUGGAGGUGGAAAUCGGCCGCUUCCGCGACCAGCAGUACGAGAUGCUCAAGCGCUGGCGUCAGCAACAGCCCGCCGGCUUGGGCGCCGUCUACGCGGCGCUGGAGCGCAUGGGACUGGACGGCUGCGCCGAGGACCUGCGCAGCCGCCUGCAGCGCGGCCCGUGACGCGGGGGCGGGGAGGGGGGGCCCACCCCGGGCGCCUCUGGGCUCUGGCGGCCCUUGCAGAAGCCCUAAGUACGGUUACUUAUGCGUGUAGACAUCUUAUGUCACUUAAUAAGCUCCUGGCACGGCCCUGCGUAGCAGCGCCAGCCGCCCUCCCUGCCGCGCGCCCCCUGGGGUUCUGGUUGAGGCCAAGCGGCAUCGACGGAUAUCGGGAGGGGGCAGGAGGUGGCUCAGCAGUGUCUUGGCCCGACUUUGGCCGAGGCCUGGGUAUUAAAUCUGUGAAGAAAA